GCCCGGCACCGUGUGUGACAAAACACGCGCACACACUCAAGUGGUCGUCCUGCCUGCUGGUAUCGCCAGAGUAGUUUGUGCCCAGUGGUAGUCAAGUCGGGUCGCGUCGGACGUACGCCGCGCUUGAGCUGUUUCAUAUUUUUGAGGACCUAACUGCAGCAAAAACGUAGCACCACCGCCGAGGGAAAAGAAAACAUUUCUUUUUCUACUCGUCUGCUGUCGGCAGAGGUCGGCUAGCAGAUUCCUGACAUACGUCCCAAACUGUGGAUAAACAUUCAACCUGGCAAUCAAGAGAUGUUUCCCGAAUGACUGAUGGACAAAGCUUUUCUUUAAGCAAGAUGUCAGCCACAACGGAAAAUGGGAUUGGGGGUGCUUGGAGUUCCAACAGAGAGAAAACAUACAAGAAAACGACGUCAUCGGCCUUGAAGGGAGCCAUUCAGCUGGGCAUUGGCUAUACAGUUGGAAACCUCACCUCCAAGCCUGACAGAGAUGUGCUUAUGCAAGACUUCUACGUGGUGGAGAGUGUCUUUCUGCCCAGUGAAGGAAGCAACUUGACCCCAGCACAUCAUUAUCCUGACUUCCGCUUCAAGACCUACGCACCGCUGGCCUUCCGCUACUUCAGGGACCUGUUCGGCAUCAAACCUGACGACUACUUGUACUCGUUAGUCAACGAGCCUCUGAUUGAGCUGACCAACCCCGGAGCCAGUGGCUCUCUCUUCUACUUGACCAGCGACGAUGAGUUCAUCAUUAAAACAGUCCAGCACAAAGAGGCUAAAUUCCUCCAGAGAUUACUUCCUGGAUACUAUAUGAACCUGAACCAGAAUCCGCGCACCUUACUCCCCAAAUUUUACGGACUUUACUGCAUCCAGUCGGGAGGCAUCAACAUCCGCCUGGUGGUAAUGAACAAUGUGCUGCCCCGCUCGGUUAAAAUGCACUACAAAUACGAUCUGAAAGGAUCGACGUACAAAAGACGAGCGUCCAGGAAGGAGAGAGAAAAGGCGUGUCCGACCUUCAAAGAUCUGGACUUCCAGGACAUGCACGAAGAAGGGCUUCACUUUGACGCGGAGACCUAUACCAAUCUGAUGAAGACACUGCAGAGAGACUGCCGGGUGCUGGAGAGUUUUAAGAUCAUGGACUACAGCCUGCUGCUGGGUGUCCACGUCCUGGACCAAAGCCAGAGAGAGGGGCUCGAGCAGGGCCAGGCAGCGGGGGACCGAUUCAGGCCUGUGGGCCAGCGGGUCCUCUACUCCACCGCCUUGGAGUCCAUCCAGGGGGACGGCAAGGCGGCUGAAGCCCUCACCACAGACGACACCAUGGGCGGCAUCCCUGCCAAAACACACAAAGACGAGAAGCUGCUCAUCUUCCUUGGCAUCAUAGACAUUCUGCAGUCAUAUAGAUUCAUAAAGAAGUUGGAACAUUCCUGGAAAGCUCUGGUGUAUGAUGGCGAUUCCGUGUCGGUGCACCGGCCCGGUUUCUAUGCCAGCCGCUUUCUCAAGUUCAUGAGCACUCUCGUCUUCAGGAAGACUCACCAGAUUCGAUUCUCCCCUUCAAAGAGGACUCGCACAUCAAUCCACGCUCUGAAGUCGUCCUCUCAGGAGAUCCUUUCAUCGCAGACGGACGAAAGGGACGAAGACAAGAGCAGGGGGGACUGUCGGUGGGGGGCUCGCAGUCUGGCCAGUCUGGAUGGACAAGCCGUGUUCGGUUCAUACGUGCAUCCCGAUCUGGUCCCCGCCAACCUGUCGUACUUCGAGGGCUCCUCCAUGGGCACGCUCUCCUCCUCCUCCAUCUUGGUUGGCGUGGAAAACCAAACAGACCAAAGAGAGGACGCAGGGUCCAGUUCCACAUUCACCCUGGAGGACAGCGCCAUCUGCCUCACGUCCGAACACAGCACCAUGGACGUGGACAUGGACCGAGAUGACGGAUCGGUUCUUGACGUUUACUUGUGAACUGAGGAUCUUCGGCCCUUCCACGUGCUUCAAUUUCGGCUCCCCCAUUUGUCAUGCUGCUGCAGUCAGGUUGCCUUUUAUUGCCAACGCGAGAGGUUGACUGAAGACACGUCACCCGAAUGGACAUCUGUGACAUCACACCGUGUGCUGAAGACACUUGACGCCAUUCCUUUUCAUGUAUCUCAUCAUGGCCUCCACAGCAAUCUGCUCUACAACUAUAUUUACAAUAUAUUUUAUUCAGCUGAACAGACAGACUUUUUUUUUUUUUUUUUUUUUUUCAGCUCCGUUAGUUGAUCUGAUGAGAAAUGUUUACAGUGGAGUCACAGUAGCUUGAUCACCUGAAAGCCAGGUGAAGAAAGACUUCUGCUCUUGACUGAAGUUAACAGAGCAACGCUGCACCCUCUCCUCAUGUGAACACGUUUGGACUCGUGUAGAAAGAGGCGAUCCAUAGCAGGGUGGCGUGGCUCACAUAAGCACAAACUUGGGAAAGCGAACGCAUGGCACUUGUCCCUCUGGACUUGUGACUGCACGGCGACGUCGUAGAUCAAUUUGAUAGUUUUGUUUGUAUAAUAGCGGAAGGUCAUUUCAUAUGGAAUAAUGCAUCCUCUUAAUCUUAGAUCACGAUGCUGUCUCUUCAUCAUCAAUUAUUUCCAACUAUAAAUGUUGAAAACCAGGAUCUUGUGAGUCAAUGCCAUAAUUUAUGUAAAUCAACAUAUUACCAUUUGCUGAGAACAAUAAAUCACAUUAGGACAAUGCAUA